GUAAAUUUAAAAGAGGGCUCUCAAUUGUCAUUUUGUUCUUCGCUCUCUUAUCCAUCUUUUUCGCUUCCAAUCUUUCCAACAAAAACCCAAUCCCUAUAUCCAAUAGUGCACUUCCUCCCUCUCCAAACCCCUCCCAAAAUGCAACUCAGACCACAAAACUAUUGUAAAAUCCUCCUCCUUGAUAACAAGCCAUGACCACCUGAGUCAGGACUCACCAUAAAUUACCCAUAUGAUUGAGUCACUGUACUCAGCAGCCAGUCGCUCUUUUUCUUUGAACAAUCUGAGAUUUUCUGCCUUUAAACAAUUCAGAUUUGGUAUCUCUUACUUUUCAUUUUCUCCUUCCACGUUUUCCAAGUUUUAUUGCACGGUUUUCCUUAUUAACUUCAGCAUUGCUUGUUUGACCCACCAAUCCACCCUUCCCAUUUUGACCCAUCUUCCUAUUAUAUAAACCCAAUACACCAAAAAACCACAGAGCAUUUUAGAUUCAUUGGUAUCACAACCAUUUUUGGUGAGGACCGGAGAAGAAAUAGAGCUGAGCUGAGCUGCAUAUGGCAUCCAUUUGGGUCAUUCUAUCCCCAUGGACACCUUAUUUCUUCUCCUUCAUAGCUCUUCUACUUCUUCUUGAACAGAUCUCUUACCUGAAGAAGAAGCGUUCUAUUCCUGGUCCAACUCUUGUCUUCCCUUUCCUCGGCAACGUGAUUUCUUUAAUCAUCAAUCCCACCAAAUUCUGGCAAGACCAAACCUCUUUCGCCAAGUCUACAGGCCAUGGCUUCUGUGCUAACUACAUCAUCGGUAAAUUCAUUCUCUUUAUUCACUCCACUGACCUUUCCCACAAAGUCUUUGCCAAUGUCCGUCCUGACGCUUUCCAGCUGAUCGGGCACCCUUUUGGGAAAAGGCUAUUUGGUGAGCAUAACUUGAUUUACAUGUUUGGUCAAGAACAUAAAGACCAUCGCCGUCGAAUGGCCCCUAAUUUUACCCCUAAAGCUCUUGCUACUUACACUGUUAUCCAACAAAAAAUUAUUAUCAAACACUUUCAGUCCUGGUUGGACGAAGCAUCAAAAUCCCCUAACAAACCAAUCACACUUCGCCUCCUUUGUCGCGAUAUGAACUUGGAUACUUCUCAGACUGUCUUCGUCGGCCCAUACUUAAACGAAGAUUCCAGAAAGCGGUUCAAUGUUGACUAUAAUUACUUCAAUGUUGGGUUAAUGAAACUCCCUGUUGAUUUACCCGGUUUCGCCUUCAGAGACGCUAGGUUAGCUGUUGGGAGACUAGUUGAUACGCUUUCCGUUUGUGCAGCACAGAGCCAAAAUAAGAUGCGAGGUGACGAAGAACCCACGUGCUUAAUUGAUUUUUGGAUGCAGGAGUAUUUCAGAGAGAUUCAGGAAGCUAAGAUUAAUGGUUCACAAAAGCCGUUCGAGUAUACCGGCAAGGAACUUGGUAGUUACUUAUUUGACUUCCUCUUUGCGGCUCAAGAUGCUUCUACUUCUUCUCUGUUAUGGGCAGUGGUGCUUUUGGAAUCCCACCCGCAAGUUCUGGAGAAAGUCCGGUCGGAAGUGGUGAAAUUCUGGUCGCCAGAAUCUGAGCAGCCGUUGACGGCGGAGAUGCUUAGGGAAAUGAAGUACCUGGAAGCGGUGGCGCGUGAGGUUGUUAGAAUCAGAACUCCGGCGACUUUGGUGCCGCACAUUGCCGGCGAAGAAUUCCGGUUAACUGAUGAUUAUGUUAUUCCUAAAGGGACUAUUGUUUUCCCUUCUGUUUUUGACUCGUCUUUCCAGGGGUUUCCUGAACCGGAAAAGUUUGACCCGGACCGGUUUAUGGAGGAGAGGCAAGAGGAACGGGUUUACAAGAAGAACUAUCUAGCAUUUGGAGCUGGGUCCCAUGGAUGUGUGGGACAGAGGUACGCUAUAAAUCAAUUGAUGCUCUUCAUUGCGUUGUUUACGGCUCUGAUUGAUUUCAAGAGGCACAAAACGGACGGCUGUGAUGAUAUCGCGUAUAUUCCAACCAUUGCUCCAAAGGAUGAUUGCAAAGUGUUCCUUUCACAGAGGUGCACUCGAUUCCCAUCUUUUUCAUGAACAAAUUGCCCCUUUUAUUUAAUUCUGAUCGUUAUAUUUGGUCCCAUUGGACCAUGGAUGUAAUAGAAAAAAGAGGAGCAAUUGCAAGAAUGGGGUCAAAUGUAUUUGUCAUUUUCAUUUUUUUUCUUUUUCUUUACUUUAAUGAGUGUGAAUAAUCAAAUGAUCAAGAUUCUUUGGAGAUGCUUGUUUGGAGCAAUUGAUGGCGUGGCAAAUAUUUGGGAUUAUGUGGAAAUUUAAUUUAAUUUUAUUUUAAAAAGGAUCCUUUUAGAUCCAUUUAGCUUAUCAUA